AUGCCUCAAAGAGAUAAUAGAUUCAGACCAAAUCCACUGGCUCCUGUAAGACAGUUCCAAAAACAAUCAUACACCCAAGAAGAACAAACUAGAAUCCAAGGUAUAUUGGAUAAAGUACUUGGACCUGAAUAUGUCAGCUUCAGACCUGGUGGAGGUGGUACUAAUGUAUCAUAUAUUGAAGGUUGGAGAGCCUUGAAUUUAGCCAAUGAAGUGUUUGGAUUCAAUGGUUGGAAUUCAGAAUUGGUUAGUCAACAAGUUGAUUUCUUAGAUACUCAUGGUAAUUCAGGUCGAUAUUCUAUGGGACUUUCAGUGGUUAUUAGGGUCACUAUAAAGGAUGGAACUUAUCAUGAAGAUUUUGGUUAUGGUUAUAUAGAGAAUGCUAAGAGUAAAGCCAUGGCAUUUGAAAAAUGUAGAAAGGAAGCUUUCACAGAUGGAAUUAAAAGAUGUUUAAGAUGUUUUGGAAGUUUAUUGGGGAAUUGUCUUUAUGAUAAAACUAUUAUAAAGCAAAUGCAAAAUAUAGAGAAGAUAAAGACUACUUUUGAAACCUCUGAUUUUCAUAGAGAUCCAAUGUUUAUGGAAAGACAUAAGAAUAGAGAUAUUCCAUCUACUCAUUUACUUGAAAAACCAGUUCAACAAAAUAAUCCAAUCCAAAAUGGUUCCAAUGGAGCAGCCCCUAGAGUAAUACUGGCUCCAAAUCAAGCUAAUAAUAGACAACCACCACCAUCAAUUCCAGUUCAAAAUACAGCAGUAUCAACUCCUAUCAAUAGCAAUCAAUAUGCAAAUAAUAAUGUCAACACUACAGCAACAAAAAAGCAAUCCAAUGUAUAUCACCCAUCAACUCAAGAAGCUCAAGAUCUUGAAGAUUCCUUCUUAUUCAGUGAUGAUAUUGGCGAAGAAGAUUUAGUAUUCGUAGGAGACCAAAAUGACAAACUGAAUAGUGCUGAAAAAGAUGCCAACACUACUGCAAAUAGUAUCAAUCAAUCAAAUCAAAGUAUAAAUAAGACAAAUGCCAUAACACCCAAUGUUCCAAAAGUUGGAAUGGAAUUCCCACUUUUCGUUAGUGCACGAGGAGCUGAUUUAUUACAACAGACACCAGAAAAUGCAUCUAAUAUUCCUCAAUUUAAUCACAAAUUUGUAUCUCCUAAUAUGAGACGAACAAUUGAUCCAACCAAAUCAGCCCCCGUUAAAAGAGCAGAAGUGAACAACGCACCCACAGCUACAAUUUCCAGAAAUUCCCAACCAACUACAUCAGCAUUAAAUCCUAUAUCGAAUGAAUCUGGAAAUUCACUUGGGAAAAGAAUAGGAAUGCCUCCAAUUCAAAGACCACCUUCAAAGAGACUCCAUAAAGAGUAA